ACCAAAUCCUCGGCAGGUUUAGCGGGAUAUCAGAGUAUACAAGAUAUGACGAUGAAUACGGUCGAGAUUAACGAGGUCUUGAAGAAAGCCCUGUCUAUUAUACAUGGCGGUCUGCAGCUUCAAUUCGGGAGGACCUUGGCAAUGGUCAAAGUCAUCCCUCCAGGAAUUUUCAGGGAAGGUGAAGAUAUACCAAGGACGAUCGAAGCGGUAGAACGGCAAGCUGCGCUGUUCUUCGUAAAACUACUCAAAAAACUACUCGAUCUUGUCAAGGAGACCAGACGCGUUCUGGAAGAUCUAAACUGCGAUUUAAUUUAUAAAGAACUCAGCAGAAUUAGGGUGGCCAAUGAUCGGGCGAACAGUGUCCCGGCGGAUCGUGAUCGGUAUAAUUCUGAGAUCUCUGAUAGAAACACUGUAAUACAUGCGGUAGCUAAGAUGCUUCGUGAUAAGUACAUCGGCUUGCUUAAGGACUGGACCACUCUAGAUAAGUAUAUCACCACCAUCAAGGAAGAAACGUCAGAGCACACCGCGACCGCAUGA